AUGAUCCGAUUCAUCCAACUCCUAUCACCGGAAGGGCUUAUUAUAUGUUUUCUCCGAAGUCGAAUUCGAGUCAUCUCGCAACGAGGCGUCAACUACACCUUCGGCCCGUACAAGAUCCACUGUACCGAGGUCUUCCACUCGACCGUGCACUCCUUUGCCACGGUCAACCUGCGGCCUCUCCUACCGGGUCAUGUGCUUGUAUGUCCAAGGCGGGAAGUAAAAUGUUUUAUUGAUCUCACUGCUGAUGUGGUUUGUGACUUAUGGCCUACUGCCAAGGAAGUUGGUGGUUGUCUUGAGCGUCAUCAUGAAGCAUCUUCACUGACAUUUGCUAUUCAAGAUGAACCUCAGGCUGGGCAGACAGUUCCUCAUGUGCACAUUUUCAUUCUACCUAGGAAAAAGGGAGAUUUCGAGAAAAAUGAUGAGAUCCAUUAUGCCGAUGAACCUCAGGCUGGGCAGACAGUUCCUCAUGUGCACAUUUUCAUUCUACCUAGGAAAAAGGGAGAUUUCGAGAAAAAUGAUGAGAUCCAUUAUGCCAUUGAUUUGAAAGAGAAGGAACUCAAGGAGAAGCUCGACUUGGACAGAGAAAGGAGGGACAGAACACCAGAGGAAAUGGACCUAGAGGCCGAUGAGUAUCGAGCUCUAUUCUCAUAGAUAAUGUACCUACCAUGUUCAAUCUUCUACACUACAAUGCAUAUAAAACAUUGAGUCAGGCUGACUGCUGCUUUGAGCUUAAGAAUUCUCUAGUGUUUAUUCCUUUUGUGAUUCGCAUGGUUGUUUGCUGCUUUCAAUUGUCCAUGCUACUCCCUCUGCAUGAUGGAUCUCAUCUUCACCGACUUCUGAAAAAUCAAUGAAGGUAUUUCAUAUUUUUUUUGUCUA